AUGGUUUCCAAAGUUACCCUUUGCUUGGGGCUUGUGGUAUGUCUUUUGCUCAUUUGUGAAAAUGUGAAUGCCCGUCAGUAUUUCGGCGAUCUCGAAGCAGCUGGUUCGGAAAAGAGCUCCUCAUGGAAGCACGGAGGCGGCAAAAAGCAUCAUGAGGAACACAAAAAGAACGGCGGGGAAAAAGGCGAAAAGGGGUACAAGUCGGGGCAUGAAUCGGAUCACGGGCAUAAAGGGCAUCACGACAAAGAAGGACACAAAAAGCAUUACGAAGAAGAAGGAGGACACAAGAAGAAGCAUCACGACGAGGGCGGAUACCAUCAUGAACACAAAAAGGGAGAAAAGGGCGAAAAAGGACACAAAUUCCAUGAACACGGGGGCUUCAAAAAGGGCCAUUCGACAAAAGGCAAGCAUGAGGUUCACAAAUUGGAUGAAUAUGAGAAGAAAAAGAAGUUCUUCGAUGAGGAUGGCGAUGCUGCCUUUGACGAGAAACAUGGAUCGUUCCAUGAAGAGCACGGAUAUAAAAAGGGGGGUCAUAAGAAACAUGGGCACAAGAAACAUGGACAUCACGAAGAUCAUUACGGCAAAAAGAAGCAUUACAAGAAGGGACAUCACGACAAAGACCAUAAAGGACACAAAGAGGAGAAAGGACACGACGAGCAUUACGGUCAUCAUGAGAAACAUGGCAAGAAGGGUGGUCACAAGCAUCACAAGAAAUGGGGACACAAAAAAUCCAAACAUUAA